GAUUGGAUACAGUUGGGUAGCAGGGGCUUAUGUAUCGCCGACCUCUGCCGCCGUGUGUCGCUGUUGUGUCCGGGGAGCCUGAUGUUGUGACACCAUCAGCCCUCUUUGGCUGCUGCGGAGAUGGCGGGUCGGGACACAUUCCUCUCAAAGAAAUGCCCACUGUUCAGUUAGACACGCACCAUAUGGGCACAGAUGUUGUCAUUGUAAAGAGCGGCCGCAGGAUAUGUGGCACUGGAGGCUGUCUGGCCAACGCUCCUCUGCACCAGAACAAAAGUUAUUUUGAGUUUAAGAUCCAGUCCACUGGUGUGUGGGGAAUAGGUGUGGCUACACAGAAAGUGAAUCUCAAUCAAGUGCCUUUGGGCAGAGACACAAACAGCCUUGUCCUGAGGCAUGAUGGGUCUGUGUACCACAAUAAUGAAGAGAAGAAUCGUCUACCCGCAAACAGCCUUCCUCAGGAGGGUGACAUUGUGGGCAUCACAUAUGACCAUGUGGAGCUGAAUUUAUAUCUGAAUGGAAAGAACAUGCAUUGUCCUGCCUCAGGGAUCCGAGGCACUGUAUACCCUGUUGUUUAUGUGGAUGACAGUGCCAUCUUAGACUGCCAGUUUAGUGACUUCUAUCACACAGCUCCACCAGGAUUUGAGAAGAUCCUCUUUGAACAACAAAUCUUCUAAAGGAGCACUUCAGCCUCAGCCCCGGUUCACGUUAUCAUCCUCCCUUAUAUCUCAUAGCAACCUCUGUGACACUACAGCUUGACCUUGAUUGGAUACACUCGUUAUAUGUGGCUUUUUGUUUGUUCCCCCUGAUUACACUCUCUCCUGCUGCUCUGGAUUGACGUUGGGAGUAUCCUUGAAUGAAGUGGGGAUACUACAGUCUGUGCUGAUGGAGACUAUCAAAUCAUUGCCAGUGAUUAUCACCCUGUAUUAUCUGAAACACUUUCAGUUGCUGCUUACAUUCUCAAUCUGUGUGUAAAUGCCGUGGACAGUGGAUGUAAUGGUAAAAUGUUCGGGAUUUUUCGGGAUCAGAAGCCAUGUUUUAUUUACAUUGCUUUAUACUUAUAUUUUUGAAUAUGUAAUCUCUGAAACGCCAUACUGACAUCUCAGCAUACACCCUAUAUUUAUUCGUAUUUAUUUGAGUCACAUAUCAUUAAUAUGUUUCUUUGGUAUGACAAAACAUAGAAUUUCUUUGACCAGCAUGAGUUUGUGGACUAUUAAAGGAUCAGCUGUCAGUACUGACACAUCAGUUGACAAUGUCCCAUGCACUUUUAUGUUGCCUUCUUUAAUAAAAAAAAAUAAUUUAAAAGUGGGUACAUUGCAACACAUUUUAAUUCAGAUGCAAAUACGUAUUAAAUACGCCAAUAAAGUAGUGCACAUGUUAGGGGAGACAGUUUCAGAGGUAUGGUGGGGCGCUGGUGAAAUGUAUAUUAAAUGGCAGACACUAAUAGAUUGAUUUCUAAAUCACUUCCAUGAUUAGUUAUCCCACACUUUUCUCAUCUUGAAAUCUUUCUCUGUGUAUUUGUUCUAAGUAUUAGAAGAUAACAGAACUGGUUCUGGCUGGUUAAAAAUGUCAAUCUGUUGUUUUGUAUUGGCAUUGCAUAUCUGCUGCUGAAGUGUGACAGUUCAAUAUUUCAAAUUCUUGCCUCCGUUUGCACUAAUGAUGUUAUUGUACAAGCAAAUCCAAAUAUCGUUGAUUCAUUAAACUUUCUUGAGGCAUA